AUGCCGAGCGAUAUCUCAACCCUCCCACUACCCCUUUCACCCCCUCAUCCAUCCGACCGCCUCUCUCCUCUCGCCAUCGAGCUCCAAGAGCGUAUCAUCAGCCGCCUCGACCGCUCAUCGAUCGCCAGGAUCGCGCGUGUAGCUCGGUGCCUCACGAAGGUCGCAACGAAACAACUAUGGCUACACCUCGAGCUUGGCCUCGUCCAAAAGGGUGACGAGCGGCUGUGGCCGUUGCCAAAGAAGAACCUAUGCGACGAUAGGGAUCGGCUGGCGUAUAACUACCGCGUGAGGGGACACGCCGAGAUGGAGGCGGCGACUAAGAGCUAUAGUGCGAGACUCGAGCGGCAGAUGGAUGAAGUCAUCAACCAGGCGGAUGAGGGGAAGUUGACGUCGGUCCGAAGCUUCAGGGCGAUGACGGCGUACAAGACUGGGCCGGCUUUUCUCAAAUUGCUCUUGCCUAUGGCUGCCACACUUCUCAGCUUGACGCUGGUCGCGCCGGCUGUAGCAUUGGACUUUAUCAACUACUAUGACGGCGACGAUCACAUCAACCGCUUCAUUCUCCUUGGCGAGCUCGGAUCCAAGUUCAGUAAGCUCGGCCACCUGGAGAUCGGUCCGUACGCUAUCGACCGGCCGGCGUACUUAGCAUAUCUCAUGCGGAUAGCACCCAACCUCACUACGCUGGACAUCACGCUAGACCACCAGGUAGCUGAUACGCUCCACACCUGGGCUAGCCUCCCAGAGUGCGCCACACGUCCCUCGGCUGGUCACCUGAACCAUGUUCGGCAACUACGCAUCGCCUGGAUCGAGGACUUGCAUGAGACCAUACACCGCGGUUCCGGCGGCUGCAUCCUGCCCCUUCUCCAAAACAGCCCGGAGCUCCGACAGCUCCACAUCGUUAGCGUCCAGGACCCCAUGCCUCUCAACAUGCCCAUCCUCCCGGACGUGCUCGCCGCUCUACGCGGACGGCGAUGCCGAAACCUCGAGGACCUCCAAUGGCCGGGCGUCUGGUCAUACGAUGCCCCUACGCGUGAACCGGGCGAUGAGAUUUAUGACCGGUUAUACUUCUCCCCUCGCGAUGCGGGAUCCGUGGCCGAGGCGGAUGAGGGAUCUUCGGAUGACGGAACGGAGGAGGCGCAAGAUGAAUCAGAGGCGGAGCUACUGCGGAGGUUUCCGCAGGUGAGGAUGCUGGUGCUGAAGCCUGGACUACCUGAAGACAUGCACAAGAUCUGGCCCGAGAGUGCCAAUCCGGAAGUCCUCAGCCUGGAUUCGCCCGCACACGAAGCUCUCCACUACGCCAACUUCAACCCCACCUCUCCCUUCUCCUCUUCUACCACCACCCAAUCAUCCCAUAUCCUUGGCAUCCGCCCUGACCUCGCUCACCGCAUCCGAGACACCCCUCGCCUCCUCCAUAUCCACUUUGGCGCAGACGAACCCGCGGUACACGACCUCGACCUCUUUGAUCAGCUCCGCAUCAUCGAGGCUCGCGACGAGUGCACCUUCCGCAUCAGCUCAUACCGGCACGGCGGACAAGAGCUCCUCCACCUGCGUCUCCGGACGCAGUGGACGGAGGUCUCGGAUGUCGAGCGCGGGAAGGGGGUGCCAGUGCAGCUGGCUGAUAGCUGGCGCACUCUGAGCUAUACCGCUUCGGAUGGCUCAGAGCGGAUCAAGCUCUUUGUCAAAGGCGACGAGUACAAGGUGGUACAUUUGACGGAUCUGGAUGGGCAGGCGGUACCGAUGGAGGGGAUCUCGGAGAUGAGGGAGGCGGAGGGGAUAAGCGAGGAGGCGUGGGCGGCCAGAGGCGUGGAGAUCGGUGCGGCAGCUUGGGCGAUCCUAGGGAGGUGGAAGGAGACGGAGCCGGACGCACGGGUGUAG